AUGGCGUUACAAGGCCACGCCGACCGGCGGCCAAUCGAGCUGGAGGCUGGCUGGCAAUACAUGGAGGAUGGCAUCACCAAGCUGAAGCACAUCCUGGAGGGAGACAAGCCGGAGGCCUUCACCGCGGAGCAUUACAUGAUGCUGUACACCACCAUCUACAACAUGUGCACCCAGAAGCCGCCCCACGACCACUCGGAGCAGCUGUACGCUAGGUACACGGAGGCCUUCCAGGUGUACAUCCAGGAGAAGGUGCUGCCCAGCCUGCGGGACCACCACGACGAGCACCUGCUCAAGCAGCUGAAGCAGCGGUGGGACAACCACAAGAUCAUGGUGCGCUGGCUGUCCCGCUUCUUCAACUACCUCGACCGCUACUACAUCCAGCGCCACAACCUGCACCCGCUCAACGAUGUGGGGCUGCUGGUGUUCAGGGACCAUGUGUAUGCCGAGAUCAAGCGCGCCUCCCGGGACGCCAUGCUGAAGCUCGUGGAGGCGGAGCGGGAGGGGGAGCAGAUCGACCGCAGCCUGCUGAAGAACGUGCUGGCCAUCUUCCAAGAGGUGGGCAUGGGGCUGAUGGAGUGCUACGAGCGGGACUUUGAGGAGGCGAUGCUCAAGGACACUGCGGAGUACUACCGCAGGCGGGCGGCGGUGUGGAUCCAGGAGGACUCUUCUCCAGACUACCUGGUCAAGGCGGAGGAGUGCCUGCGGGAUGAGGAGGAGCGGGUCAACUCAUACUUCCACGUCUCCACCAAGCCCAAACUGCUCAAGGAGGCCGAGAACGAGCUGCUCAAGGUGCACCAGAUGCAGCUGCUAGAGAAGGAGCACAGCGGUUGCGCGGCGCUGCUUCGAGACGACAAGAAGGCGGACCUGGGGCGCAUGUACCGCAUGUUCAACCGGCUGCCCAAGGGGCUGGAGCCCAUGGCAGAGAUCUUCAGGAAGCAUGUGGAGGAGGAGGGCAUGAAGCUGGUGCGCGAGGCGACCGAGGCGGCUGAGAGCAAGAAGGAAAAGGAGCGGGAGGCGGGUGACAGCCCCGAGAACGCCUUCAUCCGCGGCGUGAUCGCGCUGCAUGACAAGUACAUGGAGUAUGUGCAGGACUCGUUCGGCAACUCCUCCCUGUUCCACAAGGCUCUCAAGGAGGCUUUUGAGUCGUUCUGCAACAAGCAGGUGUCUGGCGCCAGCGUGGCGGAGCUCAUGGCCUCCUUCUGCGACAACCUGCUGAAGAAGGUGGGCGGGGAGGGGGCCUGCUGCUCCUGCCGCUGCUGCUGCUGUGUCUGGGGCCGCCGCUGCUGCCGCUGCUGCCGCUGCUGCCGCGCCGCGCCGCUCGCCUGCUCCCUCUCCCUGGCGCAGGCGGCACCGGCUCGGGGCCCCUCGCGCACCACCCCGCCCCUGCACCCGCAGCACGCCUUCCCUUUCUUUCGUAUUCGAUCGAAUCAAUCAUGUCUUUCGAUUCCCAUCUUGCAGAUGGAGGGCAUGGUGAACGACCUGCAGCUGGCCAAGGAGCGGGAGAAGGCGUUUGAGGAGUGGCGGGAGCGCAAGGGCUUUGCGGGCGGCAUGGAGAUGAAUGUGACGGUGCUGACCACCGGCUUCUGGCCCACGUACAAGGGGGUGGAGCAGUACACUUCGUACUUCGAUGAGACCACCUCCAAGACGCGCCGCCUGUCCUGGCAGUUCACCAACGGCACCGUGCAUGUGAAGGCCACCUACGACAAGAACUACGAGCUGAUCCUGAUGCCGCUUCAGGCCGCCGUGCUGCUGCCCUUCAACGACAGCGACUCACUGUCAUACGGCGAGCUCAAGGAGGCCACCAAGCUUCCCGACGAGGACCUCACCCGCUGCCUGGCCUCCCUCACCCUGUCCAAGUACAAGCUGCUCGCCAAGGAGGCUGCCUCCAAGGGCAUUGGCCCCGCCGACUCCUUCCGCAUCAACCCCAAGUUCACCGACCGCAUGCGCCGCAUACGGGUGCCGCUGCCGCCUGUGGACGACCGCAAGAAGGUUCAGGAGGAUGUGGACAAGGACCGCAAGCACGCGAUCGAGGCGGCGAUCGUGCGCAUCAUGAAGUCGCGCAAGGCGCUGAAGCACCAGCAGCUGCUGGUGGAGGUGGUGCAGCAGCUGCAGCGCAUGUUCACGCCCGACGUCAAGGUCAUCAAGCGCGCCAUCGACUCGCUCAUAGAGCGCGACUACCUGGAGCGCGACGCCAACGACCAGCAGCUGUACAAGUACCUGGCAUGA